CAUAUCCCGCGCAAACUUCAAUGUUAACCUCAAAUUGUGCUUUCAAGUGUUUUGAAACAAUAAAUAAUAAAAAUGUCUACGCCUUCAAGUGAUGUGCAGAAAAUACGUUGUUACCUGAAAAAUCAAUUAAUUAACAACACACAGUUUAUUGGGCACGAUAGGGAGAAAAAACAAAUCUUCGAUUUAUUGAAAAGAACUAUUACUCAUGGCGAAUCAAAUUCGGCUCUAUUAAUAGGGCCUAGAGGGGCUGGGAAAACCACACUAGUAAAUAAUGUUUUACAAGAACUAAAAGACUUGAAAUAUUUUGAUAGCGAUGCCAUUCUUGUGGAACUCCAUGGUUUAGUACACACAGACGAUCGUAUGGCCCUGAAAAGCGCCACCACACAAAUGAAUUUGGAUAAUGCAGUUGAUGGAAAAGUGUUUGGUACCUUUGCGGAAAACUUGGCUUUCUUAUUGGCUUGUUUAAGAACUGGGGAAAAACACACCUCUAAAAGUAUUAUAUUUAUCAUAGAAGAGUUUGAUUUGUUCUGUAAUCACCACAAUCAAACAUUGUUGUAUAAUUUAUUUGAUGUCUCUCAGUCUGCACAAGCUCCAAUUUGUGUUUUAGGAAUAACCUGUAGAUUAGAUGUAAUAGAAUUAUUAGAAAAAAGGGUUAAGUCAAGGUUUUCUCACAGACAGUUCUUCCUGUUUCCUGGACAGGAAGAUGAAAAUAAAUCAAACCUUGAUUUAUAUUUGGAAAAAAUAGAAUACUACCUAAAAUUACCAGGUAGUUUAAAAAUCAGUGCUGCUAGUAAAAAGGCGUGGAAUUCAAAUUUAGAGGAUAUAAUGAACGAGAAAAAAUUCAAAAAUAUUUUGCAAAGGAUUAUUGAUAUUGAUUUAUCGGUCCAUACAUUAAAAAACAUCUUGAUAAGAAUAGUUGUAACUUUGAAUGAAAAUAGAUCUUCCCUGUCCAUAGAACAGUUUCAAGAACAAUUAAACAUUUUAGAAAAAGAUGAAACAGUUCAAGUGCUUCAGGAUUUAACUUGUUUGGAAUUGUGUCUUAUUAUUGCAAUAAAACACCACAUGGAAAUUUAUGAUACCCAACCCAAUUUUGAAAUGAUUUUGACCAGAUACACCAAGUUUGCAAAUGCCAAUUCCAAUAUGCAAAUAACGCAAAGAAAUGUGGUCAUGAAGGCGUUUGAACAUAUUGAAAAAUUGGAACUUAUAUCGAAAAUAUCUGGUAACAAAACUCAAAAGGAAUACCAACCUUUUAGUUUGUUGGUGACACCACAGCAAAUAUCAGAAGCGAUAAAAAAAUCUCAUGGAUUGCCAACUGAGGUUGUACAAUGGGCUAAUAGUUCAUUUGCUUAGCUUAAUAAUAUGUAAUUUAUUAAAUUAU